UACGUAGGCAGCAGGAACUCAGUCAGAAAUGGCGACGUUGAUGCAGCCAGAGAAAGUGCUUUAUCUCGUCCGAAGCGAGAAAAAGAUUGGAGUUCCGCUCUCUCAGCUGUAUUUUUGCCGAUAUUGCAUUGAGCUGCGAUCUCUGGAAUGCGUGUCACAUGAAGUCGAUUCCCAUUUCUGUCCCAGCUGUCUGGAGAACAUGCCGUCAGCUGAGGCCAAGCUCAAGAAGAAUAGGUGUGCCAAUUGCUUUGACUGUCCAUGCUGUAUGCACACCCUCUCCACACGGGCCACCAACAUCCCAGCACCACUGCCUGAUGACCCAACCAAAACCACAAUGAAGAAGGCCUACUACCUGGCCUGUGGAUUUUGUCGCUGGACCUCAAGAGAUGUAGGCAUGGCUGACAAAUCUGUGGCCAGUGGAGGAUGGCAGGAACCAGAAAACCCUCAUACUCAGAGGAUCAACAAGCUGAUUGAGUAUUACCAGCAGCUGGCCCACAGAGAGAAGCUGGAGAGAGACAGGAAGAAGCUGGCACGAAGACGCCCGUUCAUGCCUCAGGCGUUCUCGCAACACACUAUUCACGUGGUGGAGAAGUAUGGACUGGGAACCAGACUACAGAGACAGAGAUCUGGAGCCCCAACCAGUGCCCUGUAUGGCCUUUCAUUAAAAGAAGGAGAGGAACAGAAGGAGAUCACUGUAGAGCCAGCACAGGCUUUGGAUGAAGUGGAGCCCCUGCCUGAAGACUAUUACACUGGUCCUGUCAACCUUCCUGAAGUAACGACUCUUCGCCAGAGGCUGCUACAGCCUGAUUUUCAGCCUGCAGGAGCUUCACAGCUGCACCCCAGACACAAGCACCUGCUAAUGAAACGCUCUCUGCGUUGCAAGAAAUGUGAGCACAAUCUGAGCAAACCAGAAUUUAAUCCAACUUCAAUAAAGUUAAAAAUCCAGCUUGUGGCAGUGAGUUACAUUCCUGAAGUGAGAAUCAUGUCCAUUCCAAACCUGCGUCACAUGAAGAGGGUGAACACCAGUGCAUUCAGCUUUAAUUAUCUGUCUCAUGGUAGUAGCUGGAAGUCCUGA